ACUUUUGUUUUGUUUUAAGGGUUGUAUAAAUUCAGACCAAAAAGUUUACAUUUCUGAAAAGUAUUUUUUAUUCAUUUAAAGUUCCAAUUUUCUAAAGUUUAUAAGAUUCUAACAUUUUUAACAAUCACCCGAACUCCAAAAAGUUUCAAUUUCUCUAAGAUAAUUGAAAAUUUUGUGGGUGUGGAUUACUUCCUUUUGAAACUCUAAAAAUAGAGUGAUAAUUGAUGAUGGAGGAAGCUGCUGCUAGUCUUCCUCAUGGACCUCCUAUGAACAUUCUUCCGCCUACCCCUGCAGGAUUGGAGAGUCUGUAUUCUCUGUGUAGAAAAAUAUAUCCAGAUCAAGUUAAUCCUCUGCAGGUGACAGCAUUAUUAAAAUACUGGCUGGGAGGUCCUGAUCCUUUGGAUUACAUUUCUAUGUAUGCCAAUCCUGGAAUACCACACGAGAAUAUUCCUCCUCAUUGGCACUAUAUAAGCUUUGGCUUGUCAGAUCUGCAUGGAGAUGGUAGAGUUCAUGAUAUAUCUGGACCAAAAGGGGUAUCUGGGUUUGGUUUCGAGCUUAGUUUUAGGCUGAAAAGAGAACCAGGAGAAACGGCACCUCCAACAUGGCCAGCUACGCUUAUGCAGUCUUUGGCAAAAUAUGUGUUUCAGUCAGGUAACAGCCUGUGUUCAGGAGAUCACGUGUCAUGGCAUUGUGCUCUAGAUAACAGCGAAUCUCGAAUUCAACAUAUGCUGAUGACCACCGAUUUGCAGCUGAAUACAGCUCAUACACCGUUUGGAACCGUGGAUUUUGUCCAGAUCGUUGGAAUAUGCUCUGAAGAACUGAAAGCAGCACAACAAUGGAAUGGAGCCGGAAUUCUGAACAUGAUAUCCAGGUUACCGUCGGCCGGUGGUCCUUGGCACAUAACGGACAUGAGGCGAGGAGAAAGCAUAUUUGAACUUGAUUUGAAUGCUCAUGAUGAAGUCGAGACAGGUUUCGAGAGGGAAGGUUCGAAUCUGAGCGGAGUCAGUGCUAGGUGUUCGUGGGUGGAGCAGGAUCCUACUCAAGUCGAUAUAUCCCAUUUGAAAGAUCACGGAGAUGAUCAAAAUGACGAGUUUAGGUUGAAGUCCCCUGUACAACAGGCACUCCAAGGAAGCAGGAAUUUUCUCGAGUCGGCAGAACUGAUGCAUCUCAAAAAACUGGAGGGGGUUCAUCUUGUGUUUAAUUUGGAAGCUGGUAGUUUACUUCCUCUGGCUAUAAGAGGAAGAGUUAGACACGGUCGCCACUUCACGUUCAAGUCCGUCCUGGGAGAAACCGCGAUAACCCUGGUAGCCGAUUCGGUGACGGGCACUCUGGUCGAUGCUGAAAAUCCGUUUGUGUCUCAGGGCUCUUGGCUGCAAGUUUUGAUACCCGUCGACUUGGCUCAGGAUAUGGCCGUCACGUUUCAAGCUCUGGGGACCCCGGAGGCUCUCUCGUUACCCAAGACGUUCUCCUGGCCUGACAGGAAGCUGUCGAUUACCAUUGUGGCGGAUAAAGUAUGACAUUGUUAGGAUAUUUAUUUAUUUAUUGACGAAAUGUGGGAUGUGCAAAUCGGACCUUCUGAUGAGAGUAUCAAGGCUGCUUGAUAGUUUAGGUUAUUGUAUUUAUUGUCUACAUAUCGUGAGUAGUAGGUUUUAUAUUUAUUUUUUAUAUUCCGUAUAUGUCGUCCAUUUAUUUAUACUUUGUAUACAUAUAUACAUAUAUCUGAUGUGCCUUAUAAUCUUCUUCUCCUUGAAGUGGAUUUGAAUUAAAAAGAAUAUCAUUUA